CACCACCAUCUUUACUCCUCUCCCGCAACUUCAAACGCUAUUAACAUAUUUCAAAAAUAUACCAGCAAAUUCUUGUAGGUAUUGGGGGUGUUGCAGUGGGGUCCAUAAGCUCAUUGGGCUGAGAUGCUUGUGGUUGUGUUAUUCUUAGAACCUUCAGCUGGAUCAGGGCAUCUUUUCUAGCUUUGGUUGUGAAUCAAUCAUCUCUGCACUUGACAACGUCCCUGUUUGGGGAGUCAUUCUUGUUUGAGGUGUUAAAAUUCCCUGGAGGAAUUACUGUGAUCCCUCCACAGAGAGCAUUUCUUCUGCAGAAAGAGCAAAUCCUAUUCAAGUUCACCUUGAACUUUUCUAUAUAUCAAAUACAAGUGAAUUUCCCUUCUUCAUUUUUUUCCCUGGUUACAAAUGUUCCAUUUGAAUGCAGUCUGUGUCUGAGGACAACUCAAAAAUGAUGAUUGUAUUUGUCAUUUUGAAAUGUUUACAAUUUCUGCAUAAGAAUUUUUCUCUAGGUGUUUGUUUUCCGGGAGUGGGAGCUGGAGUGAGCCCAAGAAGUUGUUUGAAGAGAGGAGUUUGAUAUUAUAAUGCUUGCUGAGGGGGUUUUUUUUUUUGUGGUGGAGUUUUUCUUGCGGAGCUUAAGAGCUUUAUAUCUCUUGGAAACUCUGGGACCAGAUAGUUGUGUUUUUAUGCCUUUUGCCAUUCCAAGAAUUGCUUUUUGUAGUCGUUUUAGGUGCCAUGCAGAUUCUGAUGGUUUUUAUUUUGCUGAUGCAGAAUUUGUAUGUGAUCUUAUCAAAUUCCAAAGGUUCAACAGUGGCUCCUCCCACUACAGUUCAGUCAUCUGUUUUGCUAGCAGUUGGAAAUACUCCCUCAAUGCCGAGGUUAAAGCAGCUUGCGCAGACUAUCACGGGUUCUCAUUCAAGAACCCUUGGCCUUAAUAACACUGUAUUCGGUAGAGUGAAGCAAGUUCGACUUUCAUCCAUAUUGCAACACUCUCUUCAUGGUGGAGAUGGCAGUGAUACAUCAGUGUCACCUUCGCCUGCACCUCUUCCUUAUCCCCAUCCCCAUCCUCACCACCACCACCACCACCAUUAUCACCAUCAUCACUCCCAUGAUGUCCAACUGGCUCCUGCAGUUGCACCUGCACCUGCACCUACAAUUGAGAAAACCACACCUCCACCUUGGAAAGUUGCACCUCCUCCACAGAAAAGUAAUGAGGCGAAGCAUCCUGCUUGUCAAAAUGGGAACCGAAGGAGAGUUCCCGGGAAAGCCAAAAAACAGUCUCAUUUAACCCCUGCCAUUGCACCAUAUAUUUCUCCUCACUACUCCGCUCCAUCAGAACCCCAUGUCAAUUCUCUUUCAACUGCACCUGUUUCCAGUUCAAUUCCUUUGUCCAGUCCUUUGCCAAAUGUUGUUUUUGCUCAUGUUCAGCCACCGUCAAGUCUUAAUCCUUAUGAAGGCUAUUCUGACAAAAGGCCAUCAGUUUCACCCUCACCAUUCCCAUCUUCAGCUUCUGCAGGUUUUCAUCCAUCGGAUGGGCAUUUUCACUCAUCCUAGCUCUUGUAUUACAUCUAUAACAACAAAGGAGAACCAAUUCAUUUGAGGUAAAAUUGACUUCUCUGGUUUUCAGCCGACUCAAUUGCCGUAACAAUUCAAAUGAAUCAUGCAAAACCAGAGAAGUUUUGUGAGUGAGAGCAAUGCAAAGAGCUUGCCUCACAUGUGAGUCGAUAUACAUUGUUUGUGCCCGUAAAAUGUAAAUAUCAAUUAAUAAAAAAAGAGAGUUAAGCUAGCAGAUGCAUUUUCUGGUCAAAGCCACAUUGGUGGCAGGCCCCUCUUAACGUGCAUUUGCUGCUGU